AUUUCUCUCUCUUCAUUUCUCUGACCUAAUUCACUCCCUCUCUCCUAUCACCUCCACCAUUUUUCUUACCUCCAAAAAUAUCAUCCUUAGAUCGUUCCCUGGCAAGGAAUAAGGGUUUUUCUUUUCUCUGAUUUUUCCUUUGAGAGGGAGAAGGGUUUUUGUCCAUUCUUUUGAACCCAGAAAAGCAUGACUCCAGCUAAUUUGUCCGGGCAAUUUGGUGAUACCACCUACACUAAGGUGUUUGUUGGGGGAUUAGCAUGGGAGACCCAGAAAGAGACUAUGAAGAAGUACUUUGAGCAGUUUGGUGAGAUCUUGGAGGCUGUUGUCAUCACUGAUAAGGUCACCGGAAGAUCUAAGGGCUAUGGAUUUGUAACUUUUCGUGAACCGGAGGCAGCCAUGAGAGCUUGUGUUGAUCCGGCUCCUGUGAUCGACGGGAGGAGGGCUAAUUGUAACCUUGCUUCGAUGGGUGUUCAAAGAUCCAAACCCUCAACUCCAAAGCAUGGAGGAGCAGGGAGGAACUUUAGGGUAAUGAGCUCCUUUCAGACAGGGUUUGGAGGCGGAGUGGGAACAGCUUUUGCUUCAGCUGCAACCUUCCCUCAUUAUGCCAUCCAACAAGGGAUUCCUUAUAAUGUUUAUGGGUACUCUUCAUACUCGCCGGAUUACACAUACCCAACGAGUUACUACAGUGUGUAUGGAGGGGCCGCUGCUCAGUACCCUGUGUAUGGCACUGGUCUAGGUGGAUUGAUGACUGGUGCAGCCACUGCAUUCUAUCCGUACCUCCAGUUCGGAGAAGGGAGCGGAGGAGCCACCACGGCCAGCUUUACUUCCGGGCAGGGAUACGGCGUCCAGUAUCCCGCCCACUUGUUUCAGUACCCUGCCAUUAACUCCACUGGGAAUUAUCCUCAGAACUAUGGUGCACCCAUGUCUCUUGCAACAACACCAGCCUUGCAAUCAGUGUGUUUUGCUGUGCCGCAGGCGUGACGAUGGCUCUUCACGCUCCCCCAAUUCCUCAUCGCUAAGAGAGACUCAAAUCCAAAGCUAGAUUUCCCUACAUUUCUUCAGCUGCUGCACCUCAAGUCUCAACAAAAACCUUUGGCCUAACCAUGGUUCUCUUUCUCUCUUCAAAUCUCUUUUCUAACUCAAAGAAGCCCACAUGAAUGGCAUCUGGGCCUUUUGCAGCCCUUCAUAGGGGCUGCAAGUCACCUCCAAAAUUGGAGAACUUCUCAUGCAUUUGCAUCUUGUCUCUUAAAAGGGUUUUCCUGGAUGAGAACCAAAGCAUUUGUAAUAUUUAAAAACCCAUCUUCAGCUGUUGGUUAAGCUAAGUUACUGGCCUUGGAAAAGGCUAGGUGAAAAAAAAAGCCUUUUUGGUAAGUUUUAGCCUAGGAAAGGCUAAUAAAGCUGAAAAUGGUUUGCCCAAAAAUGUAAAUUUUCAACAACAUCAAAGGCAAGCAAAAUGGCUAAGAUAAUUCCUCCAACUUUGGCUAAUCACUUCUCUGGAUAAUGAGUCAGUUUUUAGAAAAAAAUCAAGGGCAAUGGAUUUGUCCCACAAGUUCUUUUUUGCGCAUUGACAUGUAGUCUUAGGAUUUUAGAACUAGGACCAUGUAGUCAUGUUACCAUAAAAUGCUUUCUUCCUU